UGAAAGAGGCAGACGAUCUCCGAUCAACUCCCUCAAUUUUAGUGACAAUCUAGAUAUAUUCAAAUCCAUGGACAAAAUAUAUUUAUUUUCUGUGUUUCAACGAACGAAAUAUACAUAACUUGAUGCUUUGAACACUAUUCCACAAGACUUGACACAACCUUACAAGAAAGAGAUGUCGAUGUCAGCAUGGUCAGCACAUGAAUCGAAAUACGCUUUUAGUUUUAAGGUCUCAAGAGAAGAUUCAAAUGCUGAUCAACAAACUGAAACCCAACACACAAUAUCUAAGACAGGGGAUAUUCCAGAUCAUCAUGCUGGAGUAGCUGCAUUAGAAGUUCCUGUAGGAAAUUCUAAAAGACAAUUUGAUAUUAAUAUGAAUAGUAGUGGAGACAAAUCAAAUCCACCAAAAGAUCCACCAAGAAUGCCAAUUGUUCUGUCAAAUGCUGUCUAUUUUUCAAAAACGUACAGAAGUACAAACCUAAGGAAAAACCAGGAUCCACAAAGUGCAAGCACAGACAGUCAGAGAUUUGAUAUUGCUAAUGGUGUUCAACAGUUGAGGCAUGGUGUGGCAUCAGAGCUUUUAGAUUUUUCCUUCAAAAAGAAGACAAAAACUUGCACUUUUGCUAACACCCCAAAAUCAUCAAUUCAAGUGUCAGAUCAAAUUGACAGCAUAGACAGCAGUUCUGGUAUCAAUAGGAUCCUGAGCACAGAUGGAAGUGAUGAAAGAUCUAGAAAUCAAAGGAGCAUUUACAGUGACUUUAGUUAUGGAAUUACCCCCGGAACAAGUGACUCCAAUGAAAGCGGAGGAGGAUCUGGUAAAUCUGUGGACAGGAACUUGAGGAGUAGCACCGGUACCAGUGGAUACAGCUGUGAGACAGACACCAGCUCCAGUGACUCUUGGGCAGUGGGGAGGAAAAGAGGGUUAUUUAUGUCUGAGACACCUCUACCAGGAAUGACCCCUCAUGCCAGAGUCCCUCAAGGUUCCAAAUUGUUCAAGACACCACUGAAUGUAAAAAGGAAAACUCCAAGCUCCUCCAGUAGAAUGGCAUCAACUCUCUUAGGAAGCUCAACUGGUAGAUCUAUUGGCUCCAGUUUUGUUCAUGAAUCUGGUUCAAGAUCUUGUGACCCAAAGUCUACUCCACACACCAGAUCAGCUGCAGUUAAUUCUAACUCAGCAGUCAUUGUGGCAAUUGUGGAGGGGCGAGGUAUGGCAAGAGGAGAGAUUGGAUUAGCCAGCAUAGAUUUGAGGUCCCCAACAUUGAACUUAUCCCAGUUUUCAGACACUCAGACUUAUGUUCAGACAAUGACCAAGCUUCACAGAUGUCAACCUAUUGAGAUUAUAAUGCCAAACACAGCCUGUGAGAAUGGAGCCAUGACAAAGCUUUUCAAACUAGUGACUCACCAAUUCCAGAAUUCCAAUGUGUCCACAGUACAGAGAAAGUAUUUCAAUGAAACAAAAGGUUUGCAAUUUGUGAAACAACUCUGUGUUUCUGAUUUCAAUUCUGUGGUGAUGGAGUUAACCACCAAGUAUUAUUGCUUAGCUGCAGCAGCAGCUCUUGUAAAGUAUGUGGAAUUUACUCAAAAUAUGAUCUUAGCACCAGCAUCCAUCAAUGUCAUUUUCAGUGGGUGUGAAAAUACAACCAUGAUAGAUGCCACAACAGCUGUUAACCUUGAACUCUUACAAAACAUCAGAGAUCCUAAGAGUGAGCACACUUUAUAUGGAGUCUUGAAUUACACAAAGACCAUUGGAGGGGCUCGUUUACUGAGAGCCAACAUUCUACAGCCACCAUGUGACCUCGGAACCAUUACCAUGAGGCAGGAAGUGGUCUCAGAACUGACAGAAAAAGAGGACUUGUUUGACAACAUUCAGACUGUGAUUGCAAGGUUUCUGGACAUCGAUCAUGUUCUGUCUAUGUGUGUGCAAAUCCCGAAACAAGAAACUCUAAAAACUGCAGAGGCCAACAUCAACAAUAUCAUAUACCUCAAACACAUUCUAGAACUGGUGGACCCUCUGAGGAAUGCUCUCUCAAACUGUGAAAAUCGACUGAUGAAACAUUUCUACAAGUCGUUGGAUGAUGGCAGGUAUGCAUUGAUGAAGGCCAAGAUAUCCAGUGUAAUUCAUGAUGACACAAAAUAUCAGAAAGGGAUGCUGCACAUGCGUACUCAGAAGUGUUUUGCUGUCAAGGGAAGUAUCAAUGGACUCCUUGACAUUGGAAGAGGGACCUAUGCUGGAAUUAUUGAGGACAUCAACAACCUAGCUAACCAAUUGGCAGAGGAAUACAGUUUACCAAUAGUGACAUCCUAUAACUCAACUAGAGGCUUCUUUCUGCAGCUCAACUGUGGUCCAAAAAGUACCUAUAGCAAAGAAAGCUUGCCUGGAAUAUUUAUCAAAGUCACAAAAGCCAAGAAUGCACUUUGUUUCACAACAUCAGAUUUGAUUCGUUUAAAUAACAGAGCAAGAGAAGCAUUGGAUGAGAUAUAUCUGGUGACCAACAUAGUGGUGACAGAGUUGCUAGGACAUCUAAGGAACCAUUUUGGCUGUCUGUACAAAUUGUCUGAAGCUGUGUCCAUGAUUGACAUGUUACAGAGCUUUGCUCAUGCCUGUACUCUGUCCAGUUAUGUCAAGCCUGAGUUUACCAAAGAUACAUUUGCUGUUAAACAAGGUAGACAUCCAAUACUUGAGAGAAUUACUCCUGAUAUGCCUGUUCCCAAUAACAUUUAUUCUACAGAAGAUGCCAACUUUAAUCUCAUUACUGGUGCCAACAUGAGUGGCAAGAGCACAUAUCUAAGACAGAUAGUGUUGUUACAAAUCAUGGCUCAGAUUGGAUGCUUUAUCCCUGCUGAGUAUGGCUCCUUUAGAAUAACUGACCAGAUCUUCUCUAGGAUAGGCAGUGAUGAUGACAUCGAGUCUAACUCCUCUACAUUCAUGUUAGAAAUGAAAGAAGUGAAUUACAUCAUACAGAAUGUCAGUCACCGGUCUCUUAUCAUAAUGGAUGAACUUGGAAGAGGAACAAGCCAAGAAGAAGGAGUAGGAAUCUGUCACUCUGUUUGUGAAUACCUUCUCAGGUUUAAGGCAUUUGUCUUCUUUGCCACCCAUUUCAUGGACAUUGGCCAUCUGGAGAAUUUGUAUCCAAAUGUACAAAACUACAGUUUCAUGAUACUCAAAACAUUUAACGAGAAUGAUCAGAGUGAAAAGGUGGUGUAUACCCAUGUACUGACGAAAGGUCUGAACAAGGAGGAACAUUACGGCAUUAGACUGGCUGAACUGUCAACCCUCCCAAGAGAUGUAAUUCAGCAAGCCAAAACCCUUGCCAAUUCGAUUUCUACAAAGAGAGGGAAACAGCAUGAAGUGGAUAAGGAGAUGAGAGAGAAAAGAAUUGUCUUCAAGCUCGCAGCGCGAUUGGUUCAACUGUCUCGUAAUUCCAGACUCAGCAAGACUGACUUGAAGUCCUACAUGAAAAGCUUAAAGGCACAAUAUAUUGCAGACACCAAAUCUCUAGAAGAAUGA